AUGUCGACAGUGGGAAACUCGACAAACAUAUUUUGGCAAGAAUCGCCCAUUGGGAAAACUGAAAGGCAGAAGCUGGUGAACCAGAAGGGCUGUGUGGUUUGGAUCACAGGCCUCAGUGGCUCAGGAAAAAGCACCUUGGCUUGCUCGCUUAGUAGAGAGUUGUACACCAGGGGAAAGCUAUCAUACAUUCUUGAUGGGGAUAAUCUUCGUCAUGGUUUGAACAAAGAUCUUGGUUUCAAGGCAGAGGAUAGAGUGGAAAAUAUCCGCAGAGUCGGAGAAGUAGCCAAACUCUUUGCAGAUGCUGGUUUAAUCUGCAUUGCCAGCCUCAUAUCGCCGUACAGGAAAGACCGUGACGCCUGCAGAGAAAUGAUGCAGGAUUCAUCUUUUAUCGAGGCAAGCAUGUAUUUGAAAUCAUGGCUUUUCACAAGAGACCCUAAAGGCUUAUACAAGCUUGCGCGUGCGGGAAAGAUCAAAGGCUUCACAGGGAUAGAUGACCCGUAUGAAUCUCCCUUAAAUUGUGAGAUACAGCUGAAGGAGAAAGAAGGAGAGUGUCCUUCCCCUGUAGCUAUGGCUGAGGAAGUAAUCACUUAUCUAGAAGGAAAAGGCUUCCUUCAAAGCCAGUAA